GUCGUCUGUGGGAAGAGUCGGGGGGCGGGGCUACGAGCAGCCGCGUGAUCCCACUGGCUGCGAGAAGCGGACGAAUAUUCCUGAGAGCUCCUUCACAAGGUCCGUCUGCCGGGAGCGGGACUGGGGACCCUCAGCGCUCCUGUUUGGGAGAUGAUUCGGGGAUGACGAUCUGGAGGGAAGCGCAGCACCUUGACUGAACUGAUGGGACACACAUGAAAGCAGCCAAUACUGCGGAGGUCCGCAUCUUCCAUCAUGGAGAUGCGUACGAAAGGACAUUUGCUCGCAAUGUUUACGCGCGUGCCUCUCGAGUGGCUCUAAGGCGCGCGAGGAGGAGGAGGAUGACAAAAGCGCAUCCCGUUCGAGCGGCCAACACGCUGUUGCAUCUGUGAGGAAAGCUGAAAAGCUUCCACAAGAGGGACUUUUCGGUGUUGUCGGUGCACUGGAAAAAGAACUCUUUUUUUUUUUGUCACUUGGUGCGUUGGCAUCUGUGCGGACUGCGGCACAGCUGGCUUUGUUUUGGCCGCUAUUCUCAGGUCAUUUUUGGUUGGAAGACGCGCAACAGCGAGCACGGGCAUCGGACCCGGCGUCACCGUCAUGGGUACCGUACUGUCUCUGUCACCCGGCUCACGCAAGUCAAGCUACUACGACAACCGUCCCGGCUCGCUGAGCCACUACCCGAGCCUGAGCAGCCGAUCUCUCAACAGUCAAAAAGAGCGCGGCUUGAAAAGAGGCCAGUCCAUCUUCCUUCCGGUACUCACGUGGAAACGACUGGUGACCUCCACCAAGAAGAAGGGCAACUCCAAGAAAGGCCCCAACGGUCCAGUUGGCCUCGUUGACCCGCUCAACAACAACAACAACAGCAUCAAUAUUUACCAAAAGGAUCCCGUGCUGCACCUCAACUACGAGAAUGUGAGGAAGUCUCUGUCCUGUGCCAACUUGAGCAGCUACGAGGUCUCGGCGGGACUCGGCCUGGGGCUCGGCUACGGCCUGGGACUCGGUCAGGGCCGCGGGUACGGCUGCAUGAAACCCCAGCCGCUUUCUUCGGUGAAAAAGGCUCCCCAGGGGACGGUGACCACGUCCCCCAAACGCGUCAUCGUCCAGGCGUCCACCAGCGAGCUGCUGCGCUGCUUGGGGCAGUUCCUGUGCUGCCGCUGCUACCGGCUGAAGCAUCUGUCGCCGUCUGACCCCGUCCUGUGGCUGAGGGCCGUGGAUCGCUCGCUGCUGCUGCAGGGCUGGCAGGACCAGGCCUUCGUCACGCCAGCCAACGUGGUCUUCGUCUACAUGCUGUGCCGGGACGUGGUGGACGGCGACUCGGUGGCGUCGGAGCACGAGCUGCAGGCCAUCCUGCUCACCUGCCUCUAUCUGUCCUACUCCUACAUGGGCAAUGAAAUUUCCUACCCGCUGAAGCCUUUCUUGGUCGAGGCGGGGAAAGAGGCCUUCUGGGACCGGUGUCUCGCCAUCAUCAACGCCACGAGCUCCAAGAUGCUGCGAAUCAACGCAGACCCUCACUUUUUCACGCAAGUGUUUGCGGAACUCAAAAGCGAAGGGGGCCGCGUUCCGCAAGAUUACGGUCGGCUGCUGGAUCGGUGAGAGGAGAUUCAGAAGCGACCUUCUGGGUUUUUGUUUGAAUGCUCGCGACUGCACAGACGCGACCGUCCGACGCUAUCUGCUGCCGUAUGUAUUUAUUUAAUGAUCGCACCUUGUUGUGUUGGUUGCCAAUCCUCGGAUGGGAAUUUGAGAUUUCGAUUGAAAUAUUGGUGGAUCGGCGUCUAGGACGGAACUCGACAGGAUUUACUGUUAUGCAUUUUGAAGCAAUGUAAAGUAGAUUAAAAAAAACAAAAAAAACGACAAAUUCGCCCCAAAAUUGAAUUGAUUCGCUCUCGCCUUCUUUUCGCUUCAUCAUUUUAACCAAGAACAACCAUGAAAACAAUCGCAGUCCCAUUUGUGUUGUUUACCUCAAAAAUCUGCUCGAGUUGACUCGAAUUCCGGAGCCAUUUGCUCCCCGUCCAAGCCUGCACAGCACAUUUACGGGGCUCCAGUUGUCUCAGCUGCCUCUCGGGAUCCCCUCAGCAUCCCCGCGCGUCUCUUCGAACGCGAUAAAUCAACGCGCGGGGCUCAGACUGGAGUUCCCGCCGUUCUCUUCCGAGCACCAUCACCUUAUUUCCCGCGCUAAGAACCUAAACAUCCGCGCAGAUUGGAUUGACAUUUUUCCAUCAGAGACGGAAUCAUAAAAUCGUGGCACAGACAGUUUAAUCUGACACAAUUGGAUAUUCCCGGAGACAAUGCGGAGCGAGAUCGCGACUGGCAGAGUGACUGACGGGAACAGCUGCAUGUCGGUACAAUGCGAGUCCUGCUGUGCGCGUUCUGGCUUUUGUGGGUCACCUGGCCUGCGGGGACAGUUGCCUAUUUUUACCCGAAUCAAAUUUACAAGCGAUCUUGUCAAGUGUUUGUCAGAGUCGUCGUAAUAUAGCCUACUUUAGCGUGGACGCACGCGAGCGGAAGCGUGACCGAGUUGUGAGUGGCCGGCCGCCAGGGUCGUCAGCCGUUUGGCCCGUUCCUGUGCUCCCUUGCCGACAGGCCGCCGCAGCAGGCUGGGUAUUAAUUAGAUUAGUAGAUUAUGCCUGCCUGCCUCCCCCGCCCCUCAAGACCUCUGCCCCCUUCUUGCCCACUCAACAACCCCCGGCAAUAGUACGGCGGCUAAUCCAGGCCGCGCUGGACGGCCUUUUAAAGGCCCCCUCCCGUGCUCUUUAUUCGGAAUAAAAGCAUGAGGCGCAAUACGACAAACUGGAUAAUAUGACAUAGCUGCAGAUUUACAUGAAACAUUAUUUAGUAUAUGCCG